AUGAGCAGAUCGAGACGUGGGAAUUCCGACGCAAGCUCGUCGAACAGCCCCCACGGCCAAACAUUCCCCCUGGCCCACCCACCCCCCAAAAAAUCCAGCAAGGCGAAGAAAUCCCGACAAUGCCUACGCCUAUCCACCCGCCGACUCCUCCAAAUCCAACAACUGCAACAAACAUCCUCCACUCCACGCGUCACCCCAAUCCUCGAACUCUACCGCCCUUCUUCAUUCGGCAAAUCAAUCCCGCUCCAUAACGAGAAUCGGUCCCGGAAAGUCCACGGCCGCGAUCUAUACCUCACACAGAGCGAACCGUACACACAUCUCCGGAACCGGAAUCGGAGUAAAAGCAAUGGACGCUCGAGUGUUCAUUCAAACGGCCUCCUCACCCCGCCUGUAAACGGACACGCGACAAAACCACGCUCGGGUUCAGGAGCGUCAAGAUCCGGGGCGAGCUCCGUCUCAGGCGAGGAAGGAGGAGGAGGAGGUGGUGGUGGAAGCAGCGAAUGGAGAGCGCGAUUCAGAUCGCCACGGCGGCGGAAGGGAAGCAAGGACUCUGCGUAUGCAAGUGCAUCUGCGUCAGGUUCUGAGGAGAACGAAGACGAGGAAGAGAAUGACGUCGUGGCUGUGAUUCAUACUUCGCCGAAACCUAGAGCGAAGGGAGUCGCGGCGCCGGACGCAGAGCUGUUCUUCCCGCUGUCUGGAUGGUCGUGGGAGGCGAGCUCGCCUGCGCCAGGACGGUAUCGGUUCCGAGAUGACAAGGGAAUGGUAGUAUUUGACUGGGAGAAACGGCCUCCGUCGCGGUCGAGUCCAGCAACCGCGGAGAAAGAGGACGGCGAGCGGUUUGUCCUCGGGGUUUCUAAUGAGUCCGGGGGUGAGACGACGUCAUUAAGGCGGCCUUGGCUGGCGCAGUUGUCUCGGCGGGGAAUCCAUGUUGGUGGGCUUGAAGGUUGGCAGGGCGAGCUUGGGGCGUUGAUGAUCGACGACGGUGCGGGGCUGUACACCUUGAUUCUGACCAUGGCGGUUUGGGUAGCGAAGCAGGCUGAGUGGGUUUAG